AUGAACUCACUUAGAAACAUUCAUACUUCCGAAUCUACAAAACCCUCUUUAUACCCUAAUAUAAAAAACUUGAACACUGAAUCAAAAAGAUUGAUUUUACAAAUUCUAUAUCCUACUCUUCAAACUCUUCUCGCAAAGCUCCCAUCAUUAUCUGUUUCCAUUAGAGAUGCGAAAUCAUCUAAUCCAUUAUUCUUACAACUUGAUGAAAUAUAUUUAACAAGUCUCAUCAAGUUUGUUCCUAUCUCUUCUGGAAGUGAUUUGGAAAAACUUAUAGAAAGGCAACACGAUUUAAAAUUCAGCAUAGACGAUGAGACGAAACCACUUUGGAGAAUUGUGGUCGGCAUCACCAAUUUUCAAAAAUCAACUGAAAGACCGGAAUAUGAUUUUUGCAUCUUAUUCUGUUGGCAUCACACUAUUGUUGACGAAAUAAGUUCUUUAUCAAUAAAUAGUAUAUUCGUUGAAACACUAAAUGAAAUCUUUACAAGAUACAAAAAAAAUACAUCAACAAGUUUAAAAAAAAUUCCGGAUUCUUACACUCAUGCUAUACUUCCAAUUCAAAGAUCUCUUCAAAGCUGUAGUCUGAUAGAACAUACAAUUGACGUAAGACCAACUUUAUGUAAUUUUAUAAAGAAGGGAAUUAGUGAAUUUUUAAAAAGCUUUUUGUUUCGAGAAUAUCAUUAUAAGAUAGUUGAUGUGAAUUCUAGGAACACGAUUCACUUUCAUAACAAGGUUAAGUUGGUUUCGUUAACUAAAGAAGAAGUUAGAAAAUUAAAAAUGAGAGCAAAAAAACAAUCUAUAUUUAAAGUAACAUUUCCAAAACCUUCAACUUCGUUCUUUCCGUUUCCACCGUCAUCACCAAUAUCAAAUAUUCCUCUUAAAAUGAAUAAAACAGACAACCUUUACUUUUGGAAUCUUUGUCACAAAUAUAAAUACCAACUUGAUUCAGAUGUUUCAAAAUUUAAUAAUAGAAUGGGAUUAUGGGAUGUAUUUUCAAGAGAUAAAAUUUUAAAACAAUUGAUGAGUUGUCAAAAGAAACUUGUCAGUGAUGGUAAAAUUUGUUCUAUAUUAUAUUCAAAUUUAGAUCAAUUUAAUUCUUCUCUUUAUCCCCCUGAUGAUAGUGUUGAAUCUUCUAGUUCUACCGCUCCUUCUAUUAACUUCACACCUUCUUCUCCUGACAUUGAUAGUAAUGAUAGUUUAGUAAAUAUAAAUUUGGAUGAUCCAGAUUCAAAUGAUUCAAAUGGUUGGAAAGUUAUAGACAUGAUAUUUUCACAAUCUAUGUAUUUGGUUGGGCCUGCACUCAUCGUAAAUUCUAUUUUUCAAGGUCAGAAAAUGAAUUUAUGUAUAGUAUAUCGGAUUGGUAGUGUUGAUGAAAAAAGUAUUGAUUUGUUUGCUGAAGGUAUAUUAAAUUGUUUAAGGGCUGUUUGUGAAGGUGGUGAAUGUCUAGUAAUUUAA